AUUACCGGUCUACAACACUUGAUUGUGCUGAGGUGAUCAAGUUGAAUCCUCGGAAUGUCAAGGCGUAUUACCGUUCCUCGAUGGCGUUGUUUGCGCUCGAUAGGAUUCCCGAAGCGGAGGAUGCAGCGGCACGUGGGUUGGCGCUUGAACCGGAGAAUAAGCCAUUGCAGAUUGUUGCGUCGAAGAUUGCCGAGCGCAAGACUGUCCUGGAACGUAUUGCGGCGAAGAAGAAGGCCGAGGGGGAAAGAGAACGCAAGGAGAAGCUAUUACUGGACACUGCGCUGAAGGCCAGGCAGAUCAGAACACGCAAGACCAACCAGCCACCCGAGAUGGAGGACGCGGGCAUCCGUCUGACCCCGGACCCUCUGUCGCCUGAAAGCACCCUUGAAUUCCCCACAGUGCUGCUGUACCCGAUGGAUGCGCAGUCGGAUUUCAUCAAGGGCUUCUCUGAAAUGUCUUCGAUCACGGACCACCUUGAGUACAUCUUCCCGUUGCCAUGGGAUACGAGGAAGGAGUAUACGAUCGCAGGCGUGGACUGCUUCAUGGAGACCAACACCGGGGGUCUGAUCAAGGCAGGCAAGAAGCUGCCGCUGUUGCAGAUUCUGAGCGGAGGCAAGGUCGAAGUGGUCGACGAGAUGGUCCGCAUCUACGUGGUGCCGACCGCCAAGAGUGCAGAGUUCAUUGCAGCCAUCAAAGCGCGCAAAACUGGCUGAGUGAGAAAUACCUUGCUUGGUUCCAGAUAGUGGAUGCCGGCAUCUACGACCCACGGGGGAGUCCGGAGUAAGGGAACGACUACCUACUACUCUGUACGGCGUCUCUGCCGAAAGGAAGAAACGUUCGGAGACUCUGCAUCAGAUCCCAUGACGAAUCCAGACCCCAU